ACCUGACAGUCUGAGUGAUAACAUACUGCCGACUGAAGACUUCUUUCAAAAUGGCAAAUAGGACGAUAUUCUCUGGAUAUUAAAUGUAAGGUUUUCGUGUCCAGUGCGUUUUUGUUGAGGACUGCAGUUUUACUCUACAACGAGAAGAACAUAAUUAGUCUAUAGGUUUUUUUAAAGAGCAAUUUUUGUCAUCAUGGAGUCUAAUAAAAAGCAGGUGACUCCUCAGCUGAUGAUGGCCGUCGGAACAGCUGUGAUUGGCUCCUUGCAGUUUGGAUACAACACAGGAGUCAUCAACGCCCCUCAGAAGAUCAUUGAGGGCUUCUACAAUGAGACAUGGCAUAACAGGUAUUCAGAGUACAUUCCGCCGACCACUUUAACCACACUCUGGUCUGUAUCAGUGGCCAUUUUCUCUGUGGGCGGCAUUUUCGGCUCCUUCUCAGUGGGACUCUUUGUAAACCGCUUUGGCAGGAGGAACUCAAUGCUCAUAGCUAACGUUCUGGCCUUCAUUGCUGCUGCUUUUAUGGGCUUUUCGAAGCUGGCUGAAUCUUGGGAGAUGCUUAUUAUUGGACGGUUCAUUGUGGGUCUUUACUCGGGCCUGUCCACAGGCUUUGUGCCGAUGUAUGUUGGAGAAAUUGCCCCGACUUCAUUACGUGGGGCACUGGGAACACUUCAUCAACUUGGCAUUGUUAUUGGCAUUCUCAUGGCACAGAUCUUUGGUAUUAAAGAAAUCAUGGGGUCUCCCACAUUGUGGCCCUUCAUGCUUGGCUUCACCUUCAUCCCAGCUGUACUCCAGUGUGCCCUGCUGCCCUUCUGUCCUGAGAGCCCACGAUACCUUCUCAUCAACCAGAACGAGGAGGCUAAAGCCAAAAGCGUGUUAAAGAAGCUGCGUGGCACUGAUGAUGUGGGCGCAGACAUGCAGGAGAUGCGGGAGGAGAGCAGACAGAUGAUGAGGGAGAAGACAGUCACCAUCCCCGAGCUCUUCCGCUCAUCACUGUACCGCCAGCCCAUCUUCAUCGCCAUCAUGCUGCAGCUCUCACAGCAGUUCUCCGGCAUCAAUGCUGUAUUUUAUUACUCUACUGGUAUCUUUGAGAAAGCGGGGGUGACUGAGCCGGUUUAUGCCACCAUUGGUGCUGGAGCUGUGAACACAGCAUUCACAGUGGUCUCUCUGUUCAUAGUGGAGCGAGUAGGCCGAAGAUCACUACAUCUUAUUGGGCUGAUGGGAAUGGCUGUUUCUUCUGUUCUCAUGACUAUAGCAAUGGCGCUACUGACAAAAGUGGAAUGGAUGUCAUAUGUCAGCAUUGUAGCCAUCUUCAGUUUUGUGGCAUUUUUUGAGAUUGGACCAGGCCCAAUCCCAUGGUUCAUUGUGGCAGAGCUAUUUAGUCAAGGCCCUCGUCCUUCUGCCUUUGCUGUUGCCGGGUUCUCCAACUGGUUUGCCAACUUCUUGGUGGGAAUGUGCUUCCAGUAUGUUGAGGAACUGACCGGCCCGUACGUUUUUAUCAUCUUCACUGUCCUCCUGCUGCUAUUCUUCGUCUUCACCUACUUCAAAGUUCCUGAGACUAAAGGCCGGUCGUUUGAAGAGAUCACAGCCAGCUUCCGCACAGGAGCAGAUAAAUAUAACCGAGAUGAUCUGAACACAUUGGGGGCAGAUUCACAACUUUGAGCUCUACACACAGGUUUAUACAGUAAAGGCCCAUUCACACCAGGGAUGAUAACUAGCACAUUUUGAUAAUCAUUCUAAUUUGUUUCGAUUCUUAAGGAAUUUAUUACAAUAAUAACAUUAUUGUUGGGAUCACUUAAAAAAAUUCCGACAGCCAAUCAGAAUACACUCAGAAUUAAUGAUUUAGAGUGUUUAAAGUGACAGAUGAUAAUUAAAAAUAUAUAUUUGUAAUAAUGAGAAGUAACAGGCUGGUUUUAUGUCUGUCAGACCAGUUAUGAAAUACUAAUUUCAGCUAAAAGCGAUAUUUUUUUAAACAUUUUUUUCUCUUACUUAUUCCAAUGGUGGCUAUAUAAUACAUAACUUAAUGUAAUGUUAUGUUUAAGUUAUUAUUAAGCUGCAUUCAUUUUAGCCACUAUUUUUGACAUAUAGUAUAUAGAGGGAUGCAGGAAUGAUGCUAGAACUGCCCCAAAAAUAAUCUGCUAUUGGUUCCUUUAAUAUUUUCUUAUGGGGUUUUACAAUUGAGAGUUUCUAUUUCUUUUCUUUCAGAUUCUGACAUCAUUCCCACACCAAUCAUUCAUUCAUUUUCUUUCGGCUUAGUCCCUUUAUUAAUCUGGGGUCACCACAGCGGAAUGAAUCACCAACUUAUCCAGCAUAUGUUUUACGCAGCAGAUGCCCUUCCAGCCUGAACCCAUCACUGGGAAACAUCCAUACACACUCAUUCACAUAGAUACACUUAAGUCAAUUUUAGCAUACCCAAUUCGCGUAUAUCACAUGUCUUUGGACUUGUGGGGGAAACCGGAGCACCCGGAGGAAACCCACGUGUACACGGGGAGAACAUGCUAACUCCACACAGAAACGCCAACUGACCAGCAACCUUCUUGCUGUGAGGCGAACGUGCUACCCACUGCGCCACCAUGCAGCCCCUCCCCCUGAAUGAAUUGGGUGCAUGAUGGAUUCAGUAAGCCAUUCAUAAAGACAGCCACUUGCUUCAUUUAUGAAUGAAUCAGCAGUUUUGGAGGAAGCAGUUGAAGUAACCAUUCAUUGACUCACAGAUAACUGUAAAGAGAGUCAGUUGCUUUAUUUCUAAGUGAAUUGCUCUUUUUGAACAGAUCAGUUGAAUAAAGAUUCAGUGACUGAUCAAUACAGUGAUUUGGCAUUCACCUAUUAAGGGUUUUUGUUUCAUAUUUAAAAUAUUAUUUGAUAUUUCUGCAUACAAUAUAUUGCUGUUUUGUCCCUGAAUGUUUAAGCAGUUUGAUGUUUAAACAAAUUGGGCGGGUGAACGAUUCAUUACGCCAUUCAUAAAGACGGGCACUAUUUUGGCUGUUUUGAAUGAAACAUUUGACCAUAUGAUUUAAUGACUUUGCUCAUUAAGAAUAAAUGAAUGAUUGAAUUAGUGACUCACUUUUGAAGGCAGUGACCUAAUGGCGGAUUUAUUUUCCUAUUUCUAUAUAUCGAUUCCUCAUUUUUAGUAUUUAACACUCCAUAACAUAAUUUGCUGAGUUGUAACUGUAGUGUAAAUGCAUACAUGACAUCUCUGGCAUUAAACAUGCAGCUUCUGUGUCACGGCUGCAUUUUGAUGACAUUUAUUAAACUGGCAUCUAACUACAUUUAUUGAAUUAAUGUAAAAAUUUACUUGAAAGUUGAUGAAUACAAUUAUUAAUAUUAAAUAUUUUGACAUAUAAGAGUAAAAACUGCCCAAGAAAGCAAUAGCAGGUUGUGAAUAUUACAUUUUUUUAGUUUUUAAUCUGGCUUCACUGAAUCCUGCAAAAUUUUCUCUCUUUUUUGGUGUGUUUUUAUAAUCAUCUUUAUAGUUAUCAUUCUUGGUGGGAAUGUCCUGUAAUGUUCAUUAUCUUCUGUACACUAACCAUGUGACUGUUUUCAGCUUUAGCAUGGUGGCUAUGUUCACAAUAGCAAACUACCUUAUUACUCCUAUAAGGAAUGCAAUAGGUUAUGCGUUUACUAUGCAUUUUUUCACAUUAAUUUGAAUGCUCAAAUGCUUUUGCCAAAAUGUGCAGUAUUUGACCAGUACAUCUUAAUAAUUACUAAAUAUUCCAAUGGAAAUAUUUCAAAAGUGUCAGUAUUUGUAUACCAUAAAUAACAAAAUAACCAAUAUCCUGAGAUUGUAAAAUACAUAAUGUAAAACAGUUUGUAAUAAUAGUUUGCAGCAAUCUGCAAUCAGCAUAUUUUUACAUACAGUAUUGAAUAUUAUUAUUGUAUAUUAUAUUUUAAAAAGUAUUGUAUACUGAACUUCCCAUUUAGAUGCAGUAUAGAAACAAUAUAAGAGGAAUUUCUACUUUUUACUUACAACUAUACAUUUAUUUUCUGCUUUAAAAAAUAAUGAUCUCAAGUUCUGCAAAUGAAAAAGAUUAUGUGUACUACUAGAUCAUAUGAGUGUGAUUCAAUUUGCACAAUACAUCUUAAAGAUAUAUAUUUCUUUAAACUAGCACUAUUGUCUUGUAAACACACAAGUUCUGAUAUGUCUACUGAUGUUUUGCCAAGCAUGAAUAUGUCAGAAAUGCAACCUCAACAUUAUGGUGUCAGAUUAUGAAACAUGUUCAUCAGUACUUGAACUGUAGCUGCAAACUGAAAGCAGUUAUUUACAGUACAUUUACACUCCAGAAAUGUGGAUUAGGGACUCAAAUUUCAUCUGACGUUUAAUAUCUUUCCAAAAUUUGACCAAUACAUUAACUUUACUAAUAUAUUUGGUAUAAUAUAUAUAAAAAAUAGGUAUUUUUAGAUCUGUGCGGGAUGUUUAUGAUGUCCGUGUGAUGAUGAUAAUUUAGUAUGUUGUUCAUUUUGCAAAAGUGUAAUAAUUGUUCACAUCCUGUUUAUUUAUUUCACAUUUGCUAUAGGCAUUAUGAACGAAACAGGCUUCUAAUAUUUCCUAUGUAAAAUAUAUGUAUUUUUAUGUAUAAGGGUAUAUGUGCUAUGUUGUUUUCAACUAACAUGGCGUACAGUAGACAGAUAUUUUAGAAUCAUUCAUCCAGUGAAUGUAAAUAAGUCUACUAAAGCAUAUUUUCAUAGAUAUGCUUAGUAUUUUAAGUUGUUUUCUAAAAUUGUUCUAAAAAUCACUUAAAUUGCAAUAGAAAUCCAAAAAACGU